AUGUCCCAGAGCGUAGCGGCGACAAGAAGUUUCGGAAGCCUACUGGAGACCCGACAGAGAGAAGACACGAUCCCGCGGCAUUUGACACUGGCAACGGGCAAGCUCGAAAGGUUGUUGGAGUAUGAAAAUGCACCCAGGAGUGCCGGUGGGAGUCCAAGAGGAGGAGGGGGUAUUAGCCCAGCGUUGAACAGCGCAAGGUACUCUGAUUUCUUCUCGUCCAGCAACUCGGCGCAGGCGAGUCCUAUAGAUGCGUUUGCGACGUUUGACCCCAUUCCGGAAGAGACACACCACCAGGAAAGUCAGAUGAUUAGUCUUCCACCUCCGCCGCGACGUGCUGUGAGGAGGAAGAGGCCACCGCCUGUCCCUGCCGAACUGGAGGGUGAGGGAUCGCCGACGACGACGACGCCCAAGUCAAGCACUGGGAGUGAAGGGACUCCUCCUAAUGGAAGCACUGGAGAAGCCGCGGCGGCACCGACGGAGACGCGCAAAGAAGCAGCAGAAGGGGUUGGGGAAGGUGAUGGCACUGCUGAGAGUGCUUCGAUGCUAUCGCGUGUUGCGGACGAUUCUUCGACGUCGUUGUUGACCGUCGACAACCGCGAGAUCAAGACCGAGCCGUCGUUUGAGGAGUUGGUGGUGCGGAGGAAGACAUUUUCGUUGGACAGGCCGCGGAUAAUCCCCACCGUCGACAUCCCGCCGCUGUUGAGCAUCCCAACCGUCCCGACACCGAUCACAGAGCGCUCUGAGCAUUCGCAGUCGUCGUCCGAGCAUGCUAGUCGUCGCAGACUGCCCGUCGAUGACAGGUCGCCGCCACCCCCGACGCCUGUGGUUAUCCAGCCUCUCAGCAACGAUGGCCAGACUGCGGCCUCGCCUCCUGGGGCUGUGGUGGUUGCUGCAUCCUCGGCCCCAGCAUCGCCCACGAUCAUGCCCAAGUUUGCGUCAUUGCCGUCCAAGAUCGAAAAACUUUUACCAACGCGCCGCAACCCGUUUUAUCCAUCCUCCGACAGCUCCCCGACGCUGCCGCCGCCCAGGGCCAGCGCACCCAUUGUCGAGAACAAAACAGUGUUGAAAGGACCUUCCAUAGUGCGCAAGGCCAAAGGAGUUGCGAAAAGCAAACUAACGAAAGCUCGAGAUAUCCGGGACGUCGAGUUCCGCGCCGACAUUCAGCCUUGGCGCAAGCGACCCUUGCUCAGUUCUCACACUCACACCAAGUCAUUGUCCAGGUCCUCAGCUGGCUCUUGCGACUCAGACACAACUUACAAUCCUCCCUCAACUAUCGAUUUCUCCCCAGAACACAGGAUAUCCAUCUCAUCAACAAUAUACCCAGACGACGCUUCCUACAUCCACAUUCCACACUCCCACCACAACGAACGCGACGAAGACAGCUACGACGACAACGACAACGACGACGACGACUAUUACGACCAGCGACACGACAUUCUCCAGGAGAUACAAAGCGAGCAAGUCAUAGAUCCAGACAACUACCAGCUCAUGUCUAUCCUUUCCGGUUCUCGUGUCGUGCCCCAGCCGCCUCAGCAGCAGCAGCAACCAAUUCAGGCAAAGCCGCCGCUGCCGACAACCCCAAAACCAAUCUUCAGCCGCAGAGCCCUGUCACCCCAAUCAUCGUCGCCGUCACAGUCUCCCGUGGCGCCCAGUCUCGUCUUCGAGGGUUACGAGACGUCCAAUGGUGACCUCCCGCCCACCACGAACUGGCUGGCCCAGGAAGAACGUGCAGAUCUUAUCCGCAAGUCGCGCAAACUUGCCCGCGUAUUUGGUCGCACACCUGGCCCCGAUGUCAUGGCCUACCAGGACUGUUCGCGCACUGCCCAGAUUCUUGCUGGGAAACACCGACAUCAAAGGACCCCCCUCUCUUUCUCCAAUGAUCUCGAUGCCGCUAGUAGCGGUCUGCGACGUCGACGCGCAUCAGCAUGGCCUUCACCAACUGAAUCACAUUUCUCGUUGUCAAGCAGACGGCAUUCGGCACCUCUUAGUCCGGAUGAUAUCUCCUUCUUGAAUGUCUCCAGUCCGCUUUACGAGGCUAGCAUGUCACAGGUCGCCUCGCAGUUCCGCAAUGAAUCGGCAGCACAAUCACCCGAGUCACAAGCCAAUUCAGUUGGUAUUGUGGUCACCAAAGAGACAGGAGCGUCUUCAUCGCCUCGAACCUCUUUUAUCGAUUUGUAUGGCUCAGAUGAGGAGCAGGACCACCAUGAUGAUGAUGAUGAUGAAAUAUCCGUGCUGGGUGAAUCGAGCAUCACGAAGAAGUCCAAGAGCAGGCCUGAAUCCAUUCUUUCCGAGAACAUGACGCCCGAGGAGCAGGCCGAAGAGGAACGUAGACGCAAGCGCGAGAAGUUGGCCAAAUUGCAUCGAUACCUUGGAUCGCGCGUCCCAGCCAAUUUAGUUCUCGGUGUCCACGAUCCUGAAAGCAAUCUCCCUCCAGCGUCAUCUCCAGAGCGGCGACGGUCAAUGAAGAUAUCGUCCUCUGAAGCUGAGGAUUCCAUUGGGAAGAAGGCCUGGCUGCGUCGGCGUCAGAGUAGUUCGGCUGCCUUGCCUCCUACUUGGUUGGAUGAGCUCGAGCGCAGGAAGGAGGAAUUGGACACCAAGGAGAAGGCUCUCAACGUCCGCCGAGCCCAGAAGAUGGAAAAGGUCUUUGGUGUUGCACCCCCACAAACACUCUACCAUACCCGCCAUUCCCCAUCACCCUCACUUCCCUACGUGACACCCAAAGCCAUCGCCAGCUUGAACCUUCCAUCGCUCAAACCCUCUUCGGAGCCUGUCCUCUUCACCCGCAAUCCCAACCAACCAUCCUACCAGAAAACCAAAGGCAAGAAGAACAACCGCCCUGGAACUGCGGAAUCUAGCAAAGCAUUGUUACCCAAAGGACGCAGGUCGUCUUCUGUCGGAUUCGAUGAAAUCAGCCACAAUCAUACCCGCUCGUCGGACGCCUUCCAUCCUGGAUUACUAGGGCCUGGAUCGUAUCAUACCAAUAACCAGCAUGGAUCCGAUGUGUAUAACCAUUAUCAACACUCUAUUCAUUCCCUCAAUGAUAUCCUGGAUCGGGACGAUCGUGAAUCCCUUCUCGAGCUACACAACUACAUCAACGGGGAGGGUGAUUCUCCAGACGGUCUGCGGGACGACGGCAGUCCCCUCGAAGACCUCUCCAACCGCUCCAUUCGUAGCCGCCGACACUCUGACGCCUCGAUUAAGACUGAACGCCGUCGCUCGCUCCCAACUCGCUCCUCCAACGCCUCCCUAAACUCUGAGAUCAGCCUCGUCGUUGCUGCGUCUCCCAGUAAACCGGACAUCACGGACUUCCAAUUGCGCAGGCGCAGAGCUGCGAAACUUACGCAGUUCUUUGGUGUGCAUUAUCGGGAGUUGAUUAGCGACGUCUUGGAUAGCUUGGAGAACGGAUUGGAGCACGAGAGGAAGCGCGGGACGUUGCAGGCUGAGGAGCUCGAGGAUCUGGCUCAACGUCUACGAGAGCUGAGGGUCAAGCGAGAAGGGCUGAACUAA